CUUGUUUUUCUUCAUCCUCAAUCAUUCGUUGUUCGUGAGUGCGGGUUAUGGUAGGACCGUCAUUGCAUGCAUUGCCUCAAUUAAUUUAAUUGUGUGAGUCUUUUUGUUGAUGAGUGAAAGAAAGGAGGACUCAGAACUGUAGCUCGCUCUCAUCAAGCAUAAUUAACAAUCUCUUGGAACACUCGGCAUUGAUAAGAAAUAUACCAAUUUGCAACAAUGUCGUCCUCUUUCCCAGUACCGAUCAAAUCUGGAGAUGAAGGGCAUCUACGGGAUUCAAUCUCCAGGUCUCCUUUCAGCACUUCAUUCAUAUCUAGCUCACCCAUAGCUCAAGAAUCCCUUGCGCGCGAUUUGGCAGAAUACCCCGCAGAUGAGGGAGAAGCACCAGGACACAUUGAAUGUACCAGCUCUGGAGAUGAGUCUUCAGAGGCUUCUACAAUUCGACAAUCGGAAGCUCAGCAUUCAAUGACGCAUUCGUAUCGACGGCCGAGUUUUGUGGCAUUCGGUGGCACUCGUCCUGCCGUUACCCCCCAAUUCAAAGAAACAUCAUGGUUGACUAGGAAGGAAAGACAUGAAACGAGAAAUGAAGAAAGGAGUUUAUUGAGGGACAACCAUCUAGCUCCUCCAAAGCACCCCGAACCUGCUAAGCGAAGCGCUUUCAACCGACUAUACAGGAAACUGUUCAGCACAAAAAUACCAAAGCCAAUGGGCGAUGAAGAGUCUGGGGCACCCUCGGAGACUUCAGCACUGCUGCCAAACGGACAGCAUGAGUCUGCACGUUCGCGUCAUGAGCGAUUAAACAGACAGUGGGAAGAAGCUGUAGCUGCAGGAAAAAUUAAAACAACAUGGCAAAGAGAGGCGAAAACAUUAGUAAGAUACUCGAGUCCAUUAAUUGUGACUUUCGUCCUCCAAUACUCCCUUACUGUCGCGAGUAUAUUCACAGUGGGGCAUCUUGGGAAAGUAGAAUUGGGCGCUGUUAGUUUAGCUAGUAUGACUGCGAACAUUACUGGAUAUGCUAUCUAUCAAGGAUUAGCUACAAGCUUGGAUACGCUUUGUGCACAAGCAUACGGAUCUGGCAGAAAGGGUCUAGUUGGACUGCAGUUACAGAGAAUGGUUUGGUUUCUCUGGGCCUUGACUAUACCAAUUGGAAUAGUUUGGUUGAGUGCUGAGAAAAUCCUGGAAACCAUCGUGCCCGAGAAACGUUCUGCAGAAUUGGCAGGACUGUAUCUACGAAUUCUACUGCUUGGAGCUCCCGGAUUUGCACUUUUCGAAGGUGCGAAAAGAUUUGUACAAGCACAAGGAUUAUUUUCUGCGACAACUUACGUUCUACUUAUUUGCGCACCUCUCAAUGCUUUCAUGAAUUGGCUAUUUGUUUGGCAGUUUGAGUGGGGUUUUAUUGGAGCUCCAAUCGCCGUUGCUGUGACAGACAAUCUCUUACCUCUUUUACUAUUUCUCUACGUUCGAUUCGUCGAUGGAAAAGAAUGUUGGGACGGAUUCACGUGGAGAGCAUUCCAUAACUGGGGUCCAAUGAUCAAACUCGCUCUUCCUGGCCUCGUAAUGGUAUUAGCAGAGUACUUAGCAUUUGAAGUUCUAACUCUAGCAUCAAGUUACUUCUCCGUAACGCACCUUGCGGCUCAAAGUGUUCUCACUACCAUAACCGCUUUGACUUUCCAAAUUCCAUUCUCAAUCUCUAUUGCAGCUUCAACUCGCGUAGCCAACCUUAUUGGUGCCACCCUUUCAGAUGCGGCUAAGACCAGCUCGAAAGUGGCUAUCUAUGGUGCCUGUAUAGUUGGCCUGUUCAACUUCACACUCAUUUCCUCUCUCCGCAACAUUGUCCCACGCCUCUUCACCGACGACAUCGACGUUAUAAACAUUGUCGCUAGCGUCCUUCCUCUAUGUGCAGCAUUCCAGCUCUUUGAUGCGCUAGCAGCAAAUUGUAACGGAUUACUAAGAGGAUUAGGAAGGCAAGAGAUAGGUGGAUAUGUCAAUCUCUUCUGUUAUUAUGUAUUGGCUAUGCCGAUCAGUUUUGGCACCGCCUUCGGACUAGGAUGGCAACUGGAGGGAUUGUGGCUGGGUGUUGCGUUGGCAUUGGGAUUGGUAGCUGCAAUCGAGGGUUGGUUCUUGAUGAGGACUGACUGGGCGCGUGCGGUGGAGGCAGCACAGGAUCGAAAUGCAGCAGGAUGAUUUGAUGACUUGAACUUCAAUUAACUGGGCGACACGGCGCGAGGGCAAAAAGUUACGAAAUACUGGGUGAUUGUUUUUAUUCGUUUUGUGGUGUCUCUGCGAUCAUUUAAUUUCUAUUUUCUUCCCUGUGAUACUGGGGAAGUAUCAUGAUGUUAUGACCGGGCUUCUUGGUAUAGAAGCGAAGAUGUGUAAUUGUAUAUACCCCAUCUGCCGUACAUGAGCAUGUAUACAUAUAAUAGGUUGGAUGAACACUGGAAUUCUUCUCCCAUAUCUCCGACAUCGAAUGGUAGUGAUGUUUGAUUUAAUGCGUGAAGCAUGUUUGAUUUGUAUCUUGUCGGACAAUGCUCUGUUUUGCUGUUUUUAGAACUUCGA